ACUGAACUUUGCAUGCGACUGAGAAUAAGAGUGAAAAGCAGCUACCACAAUACCAUAUUAGUUGUCAGAUCGAGGUUAGAAGUUUCAAGCUUACAUUCAGUUCAGGAUGGAAUUUGAAGAAAUAGAAGAUGAAGAAUGGUAUACUAGUAAAUACUUGUCCCAACCUAAUAAUGCUAAAAGUAGUGGCAAUGUGAGGUGGUUGCUCAAAUGGGGACUGUGUCUGGGAAGGAAAGUCUUAGUGGCUGGUUUCGUAGCUUCUGCUGCCCCGGUUGUUGUUCCACCUCUUGUGGUUGCUUCUGCUAUUGGCUUUGUUGUUUCUAUGCCUUAUGCUAUGUUCUUGGCUAGCCAUGCUUGCACUCAGAAUUUAAUGAGUAAGUUGUUGCCUCGGCCUACUCCUCAGGACCCCCCAUUGCGUGAAGAGAUGUGUUAUAAAGAGGAACAUGCUCUUGCAGGUGAAGCAAAGAGAGACAUUGAAAUGGAUGGUGUUCAAUGUAUGAAGAAUGGGGAAAAUGUGGCAUUGGUGGGUGAAUGUGGUCCUCGAGAAGAAGAUGCCACCGAUGGAAUUGAAGGACACCCAAGAGGAGAAACUAAUGGAGUUGUGACAAUGAUUGAGGGUCUUGAUAAGAUUGGCAAUGAAAUUGAAGAGUUCGAGACCCCCUUCGAGAUUACAACUGUUGUUUUAGAGGAGUCCCAGGAUCAGGACAUGGAGGGUGACAUAGAGGAAGCAGAGGUUCAAAGAGAAACAAAGGGGUUGUUGGAAAAAAUUAGAGAUGAAGGUAGAACACAGGAGAGAGGAGAAUAUGUAGAAGGAAUAUGUGGAGGGGAAAAUGAAAAUGAUCAAAAAAUUGGUCUAGUUGUUGAAGAUAUGGAGGUAGCAUGGGAAGACACAGAUAGGGGUAUCAUUGGGGAGACUGAAAAAGAUCCAAAUAUAUGUGAGGAAAUGGUUUUGUCAAGAAAUGAUGAAAGUGAGGAUACUAUCUGCAAUGAAGUAGAAUCAGAUGAAUAUGUAAGAGGUUUGUUGGAAGGAAAAGAAUUUGAUGAUACAAAUGAUUCACAGAAGUCAAUGGCUGAAACUUUUGAACUGCUGCAUGGAAGCUGUUUCACACAUGAGACUAUUCCAAUUGGAGAUUUGCGGAUACAAGCGUUGGUUUAUAAUGUUCCAGUGGAUGACGUUGUCAUUGAAAAAACUGACAUACAUUUUGCUGAAGAGGAACCGGAGCCUCCACUGGAUUGUCCUACUCAACUGCAAGAAGGGAAGUUAGAUAAUAGCAUUUCUGACACUGAAAAUCAAGAAUCACAGUUGCAUCAUGAAAUGAAUGAAAUGGUGUACUCAGCAGAUGCAGAAGCUAGAGAAAUUGCUAAUGCAGGUGCACUUGAUUUGUUUGAUGGAAAACAAAUAGACCAAAACAAGUCUGCAUUCACAAUUGAUUUGCGUGAAGUAUCUUCAAAAGUUGAUGGGCAUACAGAUUCCAUGGAGGUUCUUGUUUCGUCUGUAGAAGAAGAGUCUAGGUCAUCUAAAUGUUCCUCUGGAGAAAACAUUAUUUUCCCUUCUCAAGAGGAUGUAUUCCAUGAGGAGAACAUAUGGAAACAAAUUAAUGUCAUAAGGAAGAUAAUAGGAUAUGAAGGUACAAAGCAAGAAGCAUGUGCAGAUGAACUGAAGGCUCUCUACAUCUUCACUGGAGUUGAGCCCCCAACUUCUCUCAAUGAGAACACGAGCGACCCUGAUGAAAUCAAGGAGAAGCUACACUUCCUCAUGUCCAUAGUUGGAAUUAAGUAGAAUAUGGCUUACAAUAUGUGACACAUCUUGUAUUGUUUUCUACAUAUUUUAGUCACUGUUUUCUUUUAUUCUCCAUGACUCGGGUAUAAGUGGAGAAAGUGUAUAAUUAAUGACCUAUCAAAUAGGUUUCAAAUUUUUAAAAAGUUUGUCGAACUUUUAAUUCAACGUUAAUUCAACAGGAUUGUUGAAA